UAGGUUAAACAAUAUGGUUUGGUCGCUAAUAUAUAAAUGUACAAGUUUGAGGUACCUUGUGUGUAAAACUCCCUUUCAGUAAUUAUAAAAUUUCAACAACCCAGUUUUAGUCACAUACCCACGCACAAUCUUCAAUCUUUAAAGAGACCAACCUUUGUCACAAGAUCCGGAGAUUAUCUUCAACCGCAUCACCAAUCGCGCUUCUUCCUGUUUCGAUUUUCCCCGAAGCUUCCGAUCGCGAUACUUAUGGCUUCAGCUUAUAAUGCACCGAUCUGCUUAUCGUGCAACUCUCGCAUGGCGAACGAACCUUCGUUCUUCAUUUCUCAUCAACGUAUCCCGACCCACUUCCCCAAUCCCUUUCUCAAUGGUUUACGAUGCCGGGCUCUAUCCCAUCUGACCGGAUCAUUUCUUUCCAUUGAGGAGAAGAUGAGGAGAAAUGAGCGGGGUUCAAUAUGCAGGAAAUUAUCUUGCUCGCUCGCAAAUGGACCUGAGGCAGUCACAGCUUGUUCUUGGAAUGAGCUGGUCCUCAGCAGUGAUGUGCCUGUUGUUGUGGAGUUCUGGACUUCAUGGUGUGGACCCUGCAAGAUGGUGAGCCGUGUCAUGAAAGAAUUGGCUCACGAAUAUUCUGGGAGAGUCCGAUGCUUUAGGAUCGACGCUGAUGAUUAUCCUCAAGUUGCAGCAUCUCAUGGGGUCGAGCGAAUUCCUACUAUUUUGGUGUUCAAGAAUGCUGAGAAGUUUGAGAGGAUUAUUGGCACCAUGCCUAAAUCUGUUUAUGUAGCUGCUAUUCAGAAAUCUUUAUCUCAGUAGGAGGAAUCAAUUAUGUUUAUAAAUAUAAUUGAUCUUGGAAAUAUACUAAAGUAUUGUUUAAAAAUUGAAUUGAUUUUGUUAUUUAAUCAAAUUUAAAUGCAAGUGAA